UAAUCAGUCAGUUGUGCUCAGAGACUCGACAUGAAAAGGAUGCGCAUCAUCCACAACUUUCGAAUUACACAAAUUUGACAAUUAAAAGAAAAAAUCAAAUUAUCGCUAUGAUGUCGGAAAAAAUAAAGUUCAACAAAAAUUAUUAACAAUCGAAAGUAAUAUAAUAUUAAUAUUAUGGUGAAUAGUUAAAUACGGUGUGUUAUAAAACAAAUUUUUGGCGAAAAUCCGACGUUAUGUUAUGAUUAAAAACAAAUAAGAAUUUAGUUCGACGUAUGUACAUUUAUUAAAUUCCUGCUCAUGCGUAUUUUUCUGAUUCGGAGUCCGAAUAGAGCCUCAAAUUGGCGCGUGUACGAAUGACCAUUGAGUUAACCAAAAAAAGGGCAACGUCGAUAACCACAAAGGUCUUUUUUCACAUUUCAUUGCAAAUAAUAAAAAAUUAUUUGAAAUUUUAUUUUUUUGAUACAUUGAAUAAAUAAGGCAGUGCCUAAUUUAGUGCGGUUAUUUGCAUAUUCACAAAAUUGGAUGAGGAACACUGGCCUUCUGCGGUUUUGAGGCGAAACUAUAUCGGCUGAAACUAUAUAUUUUGGGGCCAAUACAAAGCCAGCCUUCAAAGAAUUAAGGCUGAAUAUAGAAAUUAAAAAGCAAACUGCACUCACGCUUUGUUAGCUUUGAUAUUGUGGCGACAAUAUGGAAAACUGGGACCAUGCAACCAUGCAAGCUGCAUCUGGCAACUACGAACAACACAGCCCUUGGUACAACAAUAUGUUUUCCGCCACAAAUAUCAAGAGCGAGCCUGGAACUACCGCUGCCUCGCCGGAGCAGCAGAAGCCAAUGGCGUCAUCAUCUAAUGUGGAUAUAUUGGCACACUUCGAAAAUUUUGUAAAACAACAGCACCAACAACAACAGCACCAACAACAACAGCGCCCGCAAACUCCACGUCAGACAUCGUUGAUGGACACGCUCACAGCAAUGACACCAUCGCCCAGCAACACGGGCAGCAUGCAACAGUUGUUGCAGCAACAACAAUACCAGCAGCAGUUUCAACAAGCCCAGCAAGCCGCUGCACAGCAUCAGAUCGCAUCUUCGCAUUUACCGCUCGGUUUUGAUCCACUUACACCGCCAGGCUUACCAAAUGCCAUUCUACCAUCCAUAUCCCAAUUUUAUCACCAUCAGUCGCACAACAAUAUGCCGAACGGCCAACAAACACCCAGCCCCAAACCACCUCAAACGCACAUAGAUUCUAAUGAGAAACUGCGCACGGCUUUGACGCCACGCCUUACUCCGCCAAUGGAUAUCACGCCACCGAAAUCGCCCAAAUCUAGGCCCUUAAUGUCCACCAAAAAGAUGGAAGUGCACGAGAAAGAACACGAUUUUCAGUCUAGCAGUGAAGAAAUGAAGAGUGUAAAUGAGUCAGAGGACGACGAGUCGAUUCGGUUACCCAUUUACAAUUCGCAUGGCAAAAUGAAAAACUACAAGUGCAAGUCGUGCAACAUGGUUGCGAUAACAAAAGUAAGCUUCUGGAAACAUGUACGCACACAUAUGAAGCCGGAGAAGAUUCUACAAUGCUCCAAAUGCCCGUUUGUGACUGAACUGAAGCACCACCUCGAAUACCACAUACGCAAACACAAAAACAUCAAGCCAUUUCAGUGCGACGAAUGUUCAUACACUUGCGUCAACAAGUCGAUGUUGAAUUCGCACCGCAAGUCUCACUCUUCCGUAUACCCGUACCGUUGCGCGGACUGUGAUUAUGCUACCAAGUACUGUCAUUCAUUCAAAUUGCAUCUACGCAAGUAUGGCCACAAUCCGGGUGUGGUGUUAGAUGAAGAAGGAAUUCCGAAUCCGUCAGUGGUGAUUGACGUAUAUGGCACACGGCGCGGACCUAAAGCAAAGCCUUCUGCAACUAACAAACGUAGCAAUAGCAAAAACAAUGAACGCGGAAAUGCAAAGACGGCAAACACCCAGAAAAAGGCCAAAGACUUUAAAUUGUCCACAUCCCAGCUUUCGGCAGCGCUGCAAUCUUUCACGUUGCCGUCUCAACACCAUCAGAUGCCUAUCUCACCAGCUCAGAGCCCAUGCUCAAUAGCGUCUGACCUGCCCACGCAGUCCAUUGAUUUGUCUCAACAACUAACCCAGCAGCUGCCCAAGGGGUCUGAACAAACACAAUCAACUUUUCAACAGAGAUUGGCACUGAAACAAAGCUUAAGGGUCGAAAAUUCCAAAGCCUCAACCGCCAGCACUACUAUUGCAGAAACGAAAGCGUCCAUUUCGAAUCUUCUACCGCCACUAGCUACGAUUUUCCAGCAGAAUGCCGGUAUGGCGUUGUUACCUUAUUGGAAUUUGCACGUGCUGGCCGCGCAACAGCAAGCCGCCGUUUUAGCCCAAAUGCCAGCCAGUGCGCGCGAGAAAGCACUACGACAACUGCAGAAUCCUCAAUUAAACAAAGAUGGUUAUGAUUCGUCACACGAAGAAUGUGAUGAAGACGGCGGGAAUGAGCUUGAACGGAGAUCAUCAGGCUCGGCGAUGGACCUCUCACAAGGUUUACCUGUAAAAGAGGAGGUCGAGCAUCCUAAAACGCCCGCAAUACAGGCUAAUUCAAAAGUUCAAAAUGAAACCAACGCCACGCCAAUCAUUACCGCCAACGGCGCGUCAAGACGAAAGGGUCGUGUACUCAAACUUGAGGCCAUACUGCAAGUGAAGUCUGCUUUGCAAGCAACAGAAGAACAGGAACACCAAGCUGUGAGUCUGGUAAAGAGCGAUGGCGAACAAGUAUCCGCUGCUCCAUCGCCGAUUCCCUCCAUUGCUGCCAAUUCGUCUGACCAAGUUGAAGAAAACUCUGCUGAAUGUGAUGAAUUGAUCAAUAAUAUGACGCCUACUGCGAAAGAUACCAACACUAACUCUGCAGCAUCGUCAUCCGGCAAUAGUUCAAAUAGUUGCAGUACUUCUUCAGCUGCGACAUUAAAUGGACCUGCUGCAUUGGGCUCUAUGUAUGAAUGCAAAUAUUGUGAUAUUUACUUCAAAGAUGCUGUGCUCUAUACAAUCCACAUGGGCUAUCACAGCUGCGACGACGUCUUCAAGUGUAACAUGUGCGGCGAGAAGUGUGACAGCGCUGUCGGCCUUUUCGUUCACAUGGCGCGAAAUGCGCAUUCAUAAGUGGAGUUCUGCACUUAAGCAUUUGGGUGCAUGCGAUCCGCGUUGCUGGAAAAUUGCAGCAUAGAUUCAAAAUUGUAAAUAAUAUGCGAGUAUUAGUCGUAGUUCUAAGUUAUUAAGGUGUAAGCAAUAAAUUAUUAUGGCGCAUUUUCGAUAUAAGAAGUUAGUUUCAAAUACAAAUGAAUUCAUGGAUCUUAAGUAAAAAAUUGUGUAAAUGCGUUUAAAAAAUACAAACGCAAAAUAAUAUUUUCGAAAAAAAAAAUAAGAAAAUUGUAUUGUAAUAUGUGCUUAAGUGUUAAUAUGAUUAUAUUAUAUAAUUUUAUACAGAUAUAUUUAAGUAAAAGUUCACGUUUACGGCGCGCUGCCAAGUCGAAUUGCCAAGUUCUUGCGAAAGAAAUUAGUCUCUCAAACCAAAUAUUUUUAUUUUCUACGGACUAUUUUAUGAGUUUAUUUAAAUGUAUUUUAGAUACAGGAUUUGUUUUAAAUGUGUGUGUAACAAGUAAAAAAAUUGUAAUGAAGAUAUUUUUAGUUGCAUUCUCGUUAUUAAUUUUAUUCAAAUAUUAUAUGUAUUUUACUUGCUAAGCAAAUCGCCAAAGUGGUGUAGAAAAAUUAAUUUGUAAACCAAACUUUUCGUA